AUGGCAGACCCCAAGCCCAUAAACAGGCGCGACCUGACCAACCUGACCGAAUUCGACCUCGUCCAGCGCGGCGUCAAAGAGCCCAGCGUACCCGGGAUCCUCACCUUCAUCGGCCUCCGCGGCCUCGACCCCUUCCUACAAUACAAGCUCCUCGCCGGCGGCUGGGGCACCUCCAUCCUCGCCAGACUCGGCGUCAAGACCAUCGGCCCCGUGAGCGCACUCUCAACGAGCGGCAUCCCGCCUCACCUCAUCCUCCUCGGUUUAUCUUUCGCCAGCGCCGCCAAGCAGUCCUACUGGGUAACGAACCUCUGCGCCGAAAAGUUCGAGCCCGGCGCCGCCCUGCACGUGAGCACCUUCAACACGGUCUGCAACAGCCUCAGCUCGCUCCUCUUCCUCGCCGCCUCGACAUCCUCUCUGAGCUCUCCGGUCUACCACUUCCCCGGCACCGCGCUGCCGUACCAGGUCAUCCUGGGCGCCGCUCUUUCCAUCCUCGGCAUGGCCCUGGAGAGCGCUUCCGAGGUGCAGCGCAAGAGAUUCAAGGCGAAGCCCGAGAACGAGGACAAGGUUUGUCGCGAGGGCCCCUGGGACUGGGCGCGUCACAUCAACUACGGCGCGCAUGUGAUCUGGCACGCCGGCUACUGGCUGGCUGCGUCCGGCUGGGUUGCCGGGCUGAGUAUGGGGAUGUUCCAGGCUCUCGACUUCGUUGUGCGCGGUGUGCCGGUGUUGGAUGAUUACUGCGCGAAGCGGUAUGGCGAGCAGUGGUCGCAGUUCAAGAAGGAUGUGAAGUGGGCGAUGAUCCCGGGUAUUUACUGA